AGUUUGCUACUACGAAUGGGUCGGGCGCAACUAAUUAAGAUUGAUAACCACUCCAAGCCACACCACAGCAAACACCCCAAAAGACCAAAGGAUAUGAAACAAAAGAGGCAAAAAAUAGCCGGUUCUGCACUUCCGGUCCUGACUCUGACUCUGCUGCUCUUUGUGGCCCAAGCAGCCAGUCGACCCUCCACAGAAAAUGAAGGAGACAUUGCAUCUCUGCCACCGGAUGCGGACAAUGUUGAGUUCCAUCAUGUAAGAGUUGUGGACGGUGUUAUGCACGAGGAUCACCCGGUGGUCAUGUACAAGGAGGACUUUGUCAACGAAGAUUAUGAUCCCAGUAAGAACGAGACCAAAACUUUCCAUCCAAAACUGUUCAGAGGCGACCAGCGUAUUCGGCAUCAUCGUUUGAAAUCCGCUGCGAAGCAAUUGAGGAUUGAGGAGCCAACGGAGAAGAUUGUCUUUGAUGUGCUCCCGGAGACACCAUUAGUAAUGGACGAUGAUGACUCUGCCGCCGACAACUUUGAGGUUGCCCAAGUUGUGCAGCCUUCGAAGGAGGAUUUGCCUCAAAAGUAUCCCAAAAAAUAUCACAGUCGCCAUCGUCGUCACGCCGACAAUCCCUACUAUCGUCACUAUUUGGGCCAACAACGCGCACUGCUAAACAAUGCACCCGUUGAGCCAAGGCCACACUAUCAGCGUUAUACGGUUCGUGGAAACCGUCCAAAGUAUAAUGGAAAACUGAGCUAUUGGCAAGCCCGAAAACCAAAUACCCCAACAGGUAUCUCUUUCGGAACGCGUGGCGAUUUUGACGACAAUGACCUGUUUCACAAUUCGAAUCCGAAUGAUGCCGACUUCUCAAAAUUCAAGCAGCCUCGGCCAGAUAGGAGACAACCGAUAAGUGAUGGUGGCUUUGGAAGUGGAUUUGGUGGUGCCUCUGGUGGUGCCUCUGGUGGUGCCUCUGGUGGUGCCUUUGGUGGUGCCUCUGGUGGUGCCUCUGGUGGUGGCUCUGGUGGUGGCUCUGGUGGUGCCUCUGGUGGUGGCUGGCAGUCACCCCCUCCCAGCUGGCAGUCACCCACUCAAGAAAGUUCAGAUCGACAAGGACUGCAUUUUGACUUUACACCCGCGGAGCCGCAACGACAGUCACCCGGUCGGAACAAUCCGUUGCGGCCGGUGCCACGGCAAGAUACCGUGAUGUAUCCCACGGAUCCCGUCCAUGAUUCAGGCAGUGCCUGCCAUCGUGCCUCGAAUUUGUGCUGCGACCUCGCUGAUCUGAGUGCUUUGUAUGACUGUUUCAGUCGUCAGUACUGCGAUUUGAACAUCUCGGAAAUAAUCUCAUCUUGCUCCUAGUAAUCUCAUGCUUGCCACUUGACCACCUCAGCGUGACGUAAACCUAUUUGGUCUCCCCUUUUCUUAACCAUACUUAUAAUUAAGCCGUGUUGUACUUGGAUAGUGCACACUCAAAGUAUCUGCUGCAAAAACCGAUUUAUUUUAUUUGAUUUGGCCUAAUACUAUUUUAUUAAACACCGCAAUUGUAUAGAAAAACCGGAGUCUAGUCUGCUUUGCCGUUUGCUCCACAAUGCUCGAUAUAUACUAUCUUUACCCAUUUAUACUUAUAAGCUACACAGAGAGAAAAAAUCUUCAUAAUAUAUUUAGAAUACAAUAACUUUCGUCCCGCAAUUUGUUGUGGUUUUAAGUACAAUUUCAGUAGUCCGAAUCAUCAAGUAUUUUAGUAAUUACGUAUUUGUGAAUAGCAAAAGACGCCUGAAAUAAGUACGAUUUCAUCUUUGAAUAAGCAUUUUAGAAUUAUUAAAGAUUAAACCAAUAAUGGUAGUUGGGUUUAGGAUUUAUUUAUUUGUAUAUUUCAAAUAAUACGACAUUAUUAAGUAUUUUAAAACUAUUUGUAAACGAUUUUUUCAAGUCGAAUUGCGAAAACCCAAUUUCAACAUCAUUUUAGUUGGUAACUUUUCUCUCUGUGUGCUUCUUACUAAUAUACUGCAUACAGGUGCAUGCUUUGCAUGUUUGUUUAUAGCACAUAUACCAUCUUAGCUUAGCAUUUAUAUGAAUACUUGUGUUGUGGGAUCAUUGAGACAAUAUAAUAUGAUAAUAAAUAAAGUUCAGUCCACCGGCAAAA